CCCCCCCACGGUUGCCUAUCACAAACGCAUCGAUUAGCUAGCUAGCUACCAUGGACAGAAACGUCUGCAUCUCUCUUGUGAUGCUUGCGCUUGUGCUCGCUGGCCCGGACACGGGGGCCGCGGCGGCGGCGGUCUACAACGUCGACCAGGCGGUGAUGCCAACGCCGUCGUCGUUGAGGAGGCUGGAGGAUGGCGUGCCGCCGGAGCUCGCGGUGGUGACGACGUUGGACGUGCACAACCGCGUCUACGGCGCCAGCGGCGUCGCCAACGGAGCCCUGGACGCCGUCAAGCCACGCUGCGUCCGCAACUGCCCGGCGCCGUCCGGUGCUCCGUACACGGGCCGGGGAUGCAACAAAUACUACGAUUGCCGUUCUAGCAUGGACACAAAGGCGUGCAUCUCGCUUGUAAUCCUCGCGCUCCUGCUCGCCGGCCCGGACACGAGAGCUACGGCGCUCGCCCGCAUCGACGCGGCGGCGGCAGUGAUGCCAACGUCGUCGGCGACGUGGAUGAAGCUUGAGGACGGCGUGGCGCCGGAGCUCUUGGGUUCGACGGCGGUGGACCUGGAGGGGCACCGCCGCGUCCUUGCCAGCACAAGCAUCACCGCGAGUUCCCUGAACCCCAACAAGGCAGCCUGCACCAGGACGUGCCCGGCGCGAGGACGGCCGUACACCGGCCGGGCAUGCCUCAGAAGGUACCAGUGCCGUCAGGGACAGUGAUCGGAACAGCACUCCUGCUGUCGCUCCAACCUCCUUCCUGCGUCUGUCCAUGGGUGCACUCCCGCUCGAUCGGUGUUUUGCUGUAUAUUUCCAUUUCCGUUUUGCCCGUGUCUCGUCUGCGAUCGACAUGUAUUAUGAAAUAUAACUUUGCACGCUGUCUCGUUUGUACAAUUGUCGAGUGGUGGUGACUGUACACCAAUCAAGAUAGAAAGCAAAUGUAUGCUACAUCCUGUUAACAAUCUGUGCACCUCGUUGACAUAAGAACGCCGCAGUGUGGAAAUACCAUGCAUUAUGGUAUAUCUCUUA